AUGGACGGACAAUUCAGUGUUGGUAGAGGUGGAGGUAGAGGUAGAGGAGGAGGAAGAGGUGGAGGUAGAGGAAGAGGAGGAGGAGGUGGUGGAGGCCGUGGUGGAGGUGGCGGUGGCGGCGGUAGAGGUCGUGGUGGUAGCAGAGGUGGAGGUAGAGGUGGUCCAAGAGGAGGAGGAGGUAGAGGUGGAGGAAGCGGAGGUCUAUCAAGAAGAGACAACGAUGGUUUCGAUAUGACUCCAAAGAAGAGAAAGAAUAUCGAACCAGCCUCUGUCGGUCAUAUCAACCCAAAGACUAAGAACAGUAGAUCUGCCGAUGACUUGGACUCUUACGAAUACACUGAUAUGCUUCCAAAGAGAUCAAAGAGAUUUAAUUUAGAUCAUUAUAAACCAGUUGAGGACAAAGAAGUUGAAUUGGCAGAAGAAGAAGAAUCCACCUCUAGAGUUAGAGGAUCAAAAGCAUCACCAAAUAUUAAAAUAGCACCAGUAGCAGCAGCAGCUGUUGAAGAAGAUAGUGACGAUGAAAUUAAGAUUAUUGGAGAGGAUAAUGAUAAAGACAAAAAAGCAGAUGGUCAAAAGAAAAAGAAACCAAAGAGAUCAGAAACAGAAGCAUCAAACAAUGAUCAAAUGAUUACUAUUGAAUGUAUGGAACCAGAGGAUCAAGGAUUAUAUUUAUUACGUAAACAAAAAGACUCCCUUAAAAUGACUGAUUUGGAAAUUACAAAAUAUCAUCGUAUGUGUUUAUUUAAAUCAAAUUAUAAUAUAAUUAAUUAUAUUAAUAUUUAUUCUCUCUCUUUCAUAGCAUCAUGUUUUAUUAAACCAAAUGAUAAUGUAUCAGAUUUACCAUCAUUUUUAAAUCAACUUCAUUCCAAACUUGAAGGUUUCCCAAACAAACGUGCUGGUGCCCUUAAAGUUGGUUCCCCAUUAGUUGUUAUUGUUUCAUCAUCUGCAUAUAGAGCAAUUGGACUUGAAAAAGAAUUAAGAAAACAUUUUAAAUUCCCAAAGAUUGGAACAUUUUUCUCAAAACAUAAAAAGGUAGAGGAACAUGUAGAAAUGUUAAAAGCACAUCCAUACAGAAUUGUAAUUGGUACACCAAACAGAUUAUUAAAAUUGGCUGAAAGUGGAGCAUUACAAUUAUCAGGAUCGACACUUGAACCAAUCGAUUAUGGUACCGUCACUGAAAAGGAUGAAACUGCUACUGCUGCUGCUUCAACCACUUCCACAUCUUCUACCUCUAGAAAUCAACCAAAAACAGAUGAGGAAACUAGAUACGUUGUCAUCGAUAAAUCAUAUACCAAUCAGAAAAAAGAAGAUGUUUUUGGAAAGACUUGUGUCAAAGAGUUGUUUGAAUUCAUCGAUAAAAUUUGUAAACCUUUGGUACAAGAUAAGAAAAUGAAAAUAUGUAUCGUUUAA